UGGGGAAGCGCGAUUGUCUGGUGUAUUAACUAACCGGUUCGAUACGGUUUUUGAAAUUCGAUUUUUUUUUAAGGUAAACUAGAUUUUGAGAGGGAGGGAAAACUAAUUUCGAACACCUGAGAAAGAGAUAUUUUAGGUCUUACUUUGUUCGCCGGAGAAGAUUAUCGGAGAAUGGAGAGAAUCCAUGUCUCAGUCAGAGCGCGACCGCUUUCGUCGGAGGACGCGAAGACAAGUCCCUGGAAGAUCUCUUCCGACUCAAUUUUCAUGCCCAAUCACUCUUCUCUCGCUUUUGAAUUUGAUCGAAUUUUUAGAGAAGAUUGUAAAACUGUCCAAGUGUAUGAGGCGCGGACGAAGGAGAUUGUUUCUGCCGCUGUUCGUGGAUUCAACGGAACCGUAUUUGCUUACGGGCAAACUAACAGUGGCAAGACGCAUACAAUGCGAGGCUCACCUAUUGAACCUGGAGUUAUUCCUCUCGCUGUACAUGAUUUGUUUGACACUAUAUAUCAGGAUGCAAGUAGAGAGUUUCUGUUGCGUAUGUCGUACCUGGAGAUUUAUAAUGAAGAUAUUAACGAUUUGCUGGCCCCUGAGCACAGAAAACUACAGAUUCAUGAAAAUCUAGAGAAAGGAAUAUUUGUUGCUGGAUUACGAGAAGAGAUUGUCGCUUCCCCUCAACAAGUCCUUGAAAUGAUGGAAUUUGGAGAAUCUCAUCGGCAUAUUGGGGAGACAAAUAUGAAUCUUUACAGUAGCAGAUCUCACACUAUUUUUCGCAUGAUUAUAGAAAGUAGACAGAAGAUGCAAGAUGAAGGUGUUGGAAAUUCCUGUGAUGCAGUUCGUGUUUCUGUUCUGAAUUUGGUGGAUCUAGCUGGUUCAGAACGGGCUGCAAAAACCGGUGCAGAGGGUGUUAGGUUGAAGGAGGGCUCACAUAUAAACAAAAGCUUGAUGACACUCGGGACUGUCAUAAAAAAACUGAGUGAAGGAGUAGAAACUCAAGGUGGUCAUGUCCCGUACCGAGACAGCAAGCUUACAAGGAUCUUGCAGCCUGCCUUAGGUGGGAAUGCCAACACAGCUAUUAUAUGCAAUAUCACACUUGCACCGAUUCAUGCAGAUGAAACCAAGAGCAGUCUUCAGUUCGCUAGCCGAGCACUGCGUGUCACUAACUGUGCCCAUGUCAAUGAGAUUUUGACUGAUGCUGCUCUAUUAAAGCGCCAGAAGAAGGAGAUAGAGGAGCUCAGAUCCAAACUAAAGACUUCUCACUCUGACCAUUCAGAAGAAGAGAUUCUUAACUUGCGUAACACCUUGUUGAAGUCUGAAUUAGAGAGAGAGCGAAUAGCACUUGAGUUAGAAGAGGAGAAGAAGGCACAAGCUCAGAGGGAAAGAGUUUUGCAGGAGCAAGCCAAAAAAAUCAAGAACUUGAGUUCAAUGGUUCUUCUUUCGAAUAGAGAUGAGAAGCGUGAGCAGGAUCACUUUAAGAAGGGAAAAAGGAGGGAUACAUGGUGUAUUGGUAAGCUUUCACGAGACUCCACAUCAGAGGAUCAGUCUAAUGUUUUGUCAAGGGGAUCCUCUCUUGAAUCUGCAAGAUCCGAGCGUGAGACUGGUCCACUACUUCCAUUUUCAGAACUAGUAAAUGAACCUUUAUAUAACAUUAACGAGGAAGAUGAAGAUAGUAUCGAGGGAACCCUUGAAGAUUCUGUACUUCCAGAUCCAUGUGCAUUAGUGAAUGUGACAAGCAGAAAGAAACCAUCAAUUAAGCAGAAAAAUCCUGUAGUGGUUGAAAACGAAUUAGAUAGAAUUCAAAGGGAAUAUGAGGCUCUUCUCUUGCAAUAUGAAACCGAGAGAAUCAUCAGCGAAAUACAAAUUGAGUGCCUUAAGGUGAAAUUGGGUGAAGAUGGUUUAUCUGGUGAUGCAAAAUGCAAGCAAUCAGAAGUCGUUGGCAACGUGCAUUGCGAAGAACAUGUUGUAAACUUAAGAGAUCCAGAAGCUAUUCUUCUCAUCAAGCAACUACAAGAGAAGAUAAACAUGCUAGAAUUGGAGAAGUCUUCAAGCAACCGAAAUCUUGAUGAUCUUGUUAUGGUAGCUACUGAGCAGAAUAUAUGUGCCAGGGAAAAAUUUGCUGAGAUUCAAGAAGAGAUUCAUGCUGCUAGAGAAGAGGCCCAGGUUGCUCGUGAACAACUUGUGUCUAAGGAGUCUGAAGUUAUUGAUGUGAUUAAUGAGAAUUUCAACUCACUGGUCAACGUAGCAACCGAAAUUGAAGUCUUAGAGUCUGAAUUUCAAAAAUAUAAAGCAUCAGUAGAAACCAUAUCAUCAGUUAUGAAUGAGGGUCUCCAAGAUUUUGCUUUCUUCUCUCCGUUGAUACAUGAUUUCACAUUGUUUGUGCGCCAAAGUUCUGAGCAACAUGAUUCACUUAUCAACAGCUACCAAACUGUCCAAUCUAGUCUAAAAAAAAAAGUUCUUGAUGUUGAGAAUGAGAAGCUUCUUUUGCAAGAGCAGUGUGCUGGUCUGCAGAGCCAAAUAGAAGAACUAAAUCAGGAAGCCCAAAAGCAUGAAACUUCCUUAAAGAUGCUCUCAGAACACCAUGAGUCGGAGAGGUCAGAUCUACUCUCUCACAUAGAAUGUCUUGAAAAGGAUAUAGGGAGUCUGUCAUCCUCUUCCUUGGCCAAAGAGAAGGAGAACCUAAGAAAAGAUUUUGAGAAGACGAAAACAAAGCUAAAAGACACUGAAUCCAAGCUAAAGAAUUCCAUGCAAGAUAAAACCAAGCUAGAGGCCGAGAAAGCAUCUGCUGAAAGAGAGUUAAAACGCUUGCAUAGCCAGAAGGCCCUACUCGAGAGAGACAUCAGCAAACAGGAGUCCUUUGCUGGUAAAAGACGCGACUCUCUUCUUGUUGAGAGAAGUGCUAACCAGUCGUUGCAGGAAGAAUUUAAACAGCUUGAAGUGCUUGCUUUUGAAAUGGAAACCACAAUUGCUUCACUGGAGGAAGAGCUGGCCGCUGAACGUGGAGAAAAAGAGGAGGCACUCUGUAGAAAUGACGGUUUAGGCUCAGAAAUUACAGAUCUGACAGAGAAACUGGAGCACUCAAAUACUAAACUAGAACAUCUUCAAAACGAUGUCACGGAGCUUAAAACGAGACUUGAAGUCUCAUCUUCUGAUCAGCAGCAACUGGAAACCAAUGUUAAACAGUUGCUUGAAGAAAAGGAAGAGCUAGCAAUGCAUCUGGCGAACUCACUUUUGGAAAUGGAGGAGGAGAAAGCAAUAUGGAGCUCGAAAGAAAAAGCUUUGACAGAGGCUGUGGAGGAAAAGAUCAGACUAUAUAAAAAUAUACAAAUUGAGUCACUAUCCAAAGAAAUGUCAGAGGAAAAGAAGGAGCUGGAAUCUUGUCGACUUGAAUGCGUUACUCUUGCUGAUAGGCUUAGAUGUUCUGAGGAGAAUGCUAAGCAGGACAAAGAAAGCAGCCUGGAGAAGUCUUUGGAGAUUGAUAGACUGGGUGAUGAACUUCGAUCAGCUGAUGCUGUGAGUAAGCAAUCUCAAGAGGUUCUCAAGUCUGAUAUCGACAUACUAAAGUCCGAAGUUCAACAUGCUUGCAAGAUGUCGGAUACAUUUCAGAGAGAGAUGGAUUAUGUCACAAGUGAGCGCCAGGGUUUGCUAGCUCGCAUAGAGGAGUUGAGUAAGGAGCUUGCUUCAUCAAAUCGUUGGCAGAUUGAAAAUGCAAAAAAUCCAAUUCAAGAUUUGACUCUCAAAAUCUCAAGCCAAGAAACCAAUCUGCACAAGGAUGCAGCUGCAGAAAACAAGGAGAAGGCAAAGCUAAAAAUGAGACUCAGGGGUAUGCAAGCACGCUUAGAUGCAAUCAGUCUACGGUACAAGCAGUCUGUGCAAGAAUCAGAACUUAUGAACAGGAAGUUCAAAGAGGCAUCUGCUAAGCUAAAGGAGAAGUUAGCAUCAAAAGCACUCGAAGUUCUCGACCUCAAGAAGCAACUCUCUGCUUCUUCAAGAACAAUGUGAUGAGCUUACAUCACAACUCUUAAGUAGUUGAUUCACGGCUAGUAAAUGUCUUAAAGCUGUAAACUGUUAAAUGAUUAACGUCAUAAUCACAGAGAACUGAUGUGAUUAUGGAAGAGUCCAAUACAUAUAUAAAUUAUGAUAGGUAGAUUAACAAAUUACAUGGAGUUUAUGCUAAAGUAAUUAAGAGGAGAAACUAAGGGCAUUUUGGUCCACCGCUCUUGGUCUUCCAGUUGUUAUAGCAAGGACAUACUUGCUUAUUGCCAU